ACCUUAACACAUUACACGUAGACUCCAAGUAAGCCUUUGAGCUGCCACAUGCAUAGUCCAAAGCAACACUUAAGUCAGCAAACUUCAUCCUUCAGUUACAAAGACUUUUUAAAGAUAAGCAUGUCUUCGGCCUUUACCAAAUAGUGUGUGUGUGUGUGUGUUUGUAUAAAAAACCAGCUUUAAUUUCUUCACCAUCUUGGGAUUCUUGGAGGUUUAAUUUGCUUGAAAAAAUGUUAGCAGUUUUUGAGAAAUCAAUUGGGAAACCACCGGAAGAGCUGAGGCUUCCUUCAGUAGGUUUUGGGAAUUCCAAGAGUAGCAGCAGGGAAGAAAUAUUGAAGAGUUUCAGAGCAUCUUGGCCUGAGUCAUCUGUAUACAACCUUUCAAAUGGGAAUUUCAUGGCCUUGUCUAGAGAGAAUGAUGCUUAUUCACCACCAAGGUCUAUCAUUGUCAUGGAGGAUGUAUUUUGCAUUUUCAUUGGGACUUUGGAGAACACCAGUGAACUUAGACGCCAUUAUGGACUUUCAAGACUUGCAACAGAAGCCAUGGUUGUGAUUGAAGCCUAUAAGGUCCUAAGAGAUCGAGCACCCUACCCACCUGACCAAGUCAUUAAAGAUCUCCAUGGAAAAUUUGCAUUCAUUCUAUUUGAUGUUAGAAAUUCUACCCUUUUUAUAGCCAGGGACCGUGAUGGAAGCAUUGAACUCCAAUGGGGAAUGGCUGGUGAUGGGUCCUUAGUCUGCUCCAACAAUCCCAACAUUAUUAGAGAGGCUUGUGGAAAAUCUUGUUCACCUUUUCCUGCAGGCUGCAUGUUCACAAAUGGAAGUGGGCUGAUUAGCUUUGUUCAUCCACUGCAUAAGGUAAAAGCGAUUGCACGUGAAGAUGAUAACGGAGAUGUAUGUGGAGUCUUUUUUCAGGUUGACUUGUACACAAGAAUCCCAAGCAUUCCACGCACUGGCAGUGCAUCGAAUUGGGCAGAUUCAACUGUAGUUGAGACAGAAUAAAGAAGACCAGAUAACCAGAAACUCUCCUACUGCAGAGAAAAAUGGAUUGUUUGUGUGUAAGUUGUCAUGUCGGUUGGUAUGUGUAUACUCCUUCAGAGUAAAAUAGUUUUCAAUUUCAAAAAAAAAAAAAAAAAAAAAAGAAGCCAUGGAAGUUCUUGAUAUGUAAUUUAUGCUUCUGUUUUGAUGUUUGGAAUAUGGUCUGUUUUGGAAAUUAGUAGUCGAUCUCUUUCCCUUUCUUUUUUCUUAUAGAGAUACUAAAGCCGAGGUUCAAACCCAGUACAUUGUAUUUUCACUGAAUACUAAAAAUACCAAUUAAGAAUAUCUUGCUAAAUUUCCUGGCUAGUCAGGGAUUUA